CUUGACUCGCUCCGCUCGGUGACACAUCUCCACCUCCUCCUCUGCACUUCGCCAUUGUGUGCGGAGCUCGCUGGGUGUCGAUGUCGAGGCAGCCGCGGGACGAUGGCGGAGUAGAACCAAACAAACAGGCGGACUAACGGCUCGUCUCUCCUCCGUCUUCUUCUUCUUCUUCUCCUCCUUCCUCCUGGCCGUCCGCCGCUCCUCUCCUGGCCUCAGCGACUACACCCAUGCAGCAGAGGAGACCCUGGAUGGGACUGGCUACAUGUGAUUCAUGUUGGGUAACGGGGUGAAGCGGAAACUGGACGAGGGUGAGGAUGGCCUGGAGGAAGACGAGCGUCCUUCGGCAGUCGGCGGCAUGUCGGAGGCGUCCUACACCCUGCAGCGCCAGACGGUCCUCAACAUGUCCCUCAUGAAGCUGUACGGUCCGCGUGUGGGCGCCGACCUCGGCCUGCAGCGCCGCGUCCUCAUCAACAACAUCAUCCGCCGCAUCCACGACGACUUCAGGCAGGAAGGAGGUGUCGGCGCCCUCUUCUUCGCCGCUGCGCCGCCUGUCGCCGCCGCCACCGGCUGCGAAGAUGAAAGCUACCGACAGCCUCCUCCUCCUCCUCCCUCCUCCUUCAGCAUCCUCUCAUCGUCACUGUCAGGACUGACGGCGCUGGACUCCUGCCUGACCCCCGCCUCGCUGCUGGAGGAGGACCUGCCCAUGUUCUUCACCCUGCCGUCCUCCUCCUCCUCCCAACACCACCUGCACCUGAGGGCCCCAUCGCCCUCGCACAAAGACAGCUUCUCCUCCGCCCUGGAGGAGAUCGAGGAGCUCUGCCCUUCCUCGUCCAGCCCGCCGUCACCUCCUCCUGCUCGGGUUCUGUUUGAUGUUGUCAUGAAGGAGGAAGGGCGGGGCUUUCCGGAGGUGGAGAGCAGGUUGGAGAAACCACCUCCACCUCCUCUCCUUCCUCCUCCUUCUCCUCCCUCUCCAUCCUCCCCGGGCUCCUUCCUGACUGACUUUGCCCUGGACGACGUCCUCUUCACAGACAUCGACACCUCCAUGUACGACCUCGGGCCCUGCCCGUCCCCGUCAGGAGCGCCGCCGACCAAGAUGGCUCCCGUGGUGAUGGCCGACGAACUCAUGCGAUCUGGUUACGGUCCGGCGGGGGGCGGCGCUCAGAACCAGACUUUUAAAAUGGACCUGACUGAACUGGACCACAUCAUGGAGGUGCUGGUGGGCAGCUGAGGGGACGAGAAGAGUCGCCUCACAGAGACGACGAGACGUUUAUGGACCGUUUGUUAAUUUUGUACAGUUUUAGUUACGAUUGUACUGGAGGAUUCAAGCUGUCAAGUUUUAAUAUCUGAAAACAUUUUACUGACUCAGCUGAGAGAAAACAGCAGGGGGCGCUGCUGCUCCAGAGGAGGCACAGAUGAAGGUUUCAGCAGCGUUCAGCCAUCAUUUGAUCUCUUCUGUCAAAGUGCUGUUGUGACGUUUACAUCAUCAGCAAAACCUGACACAAAAGAUAUGUUGAAUUUCCUUCCACUGAAGGGAAGUGAUGGCCUGCAGUGUGCGGCGUCACGUCACUUCAGGCUUGUCAGCUUACGGAGUUGAAGUGUUGGAAGCUUUUCCUCACACAGCUGAACACACAUGCAAACAGAAGCUCAGUCUUUGUCUUCCAGUGAACUCAGGUGAGCUCCAGGGUCAAUAGCACCAAGGUGAAGUCCUGCUCCUCUACCGCCGUCCAAGAAUUGUAAGAAUCAAAAUCUCCGGAGACUUUUCUACCGUCUGUGUAUGUUUUUAUGAGAGAGAAAUCUCAGCAGCGUUUAUGAAAAACAAAACAAUUCAGUGCCUUCUUAAACCUCCAUCACACGCUCGCGUCCUGAACUCUGGAGGAAGUUUCAUUCCAAAAUGCAGUUUAAUGACCCAACAUUCAUUGUGUAAUAUCCAGCCUGCAAAAUGGACUUUAUUUUGCCAACAAAGAACGUGAAAGCCUUUUUAAAAACGUUGAGCUGUUUAUGUGUUUAAGUCUGCUGCAGUUAUGUUUUCCAUGAAAAGACAAAAACCAACAAGGAUACUUCACGUCGGUGGGAUCAGUUUGUACGUUACUUUCUUUGUUUUCAUUGGAUUUGACAACUUCAGCAGACUUUAAAUUUUUUGUUUCUAACUUAAUAUAGCAGUUUUCUCCAUUGAGAAAUCAGGGUAACAAUAGACGUCUGUGGCUUGUUUGUCGUUCACGAUGUUACAGUCGCAUUUCCCGCCGUAAUUCUGCCUCGGACCGCGUUGAUUGGUCGGCACAGUUUUGGAUUGCGGGGUAAAAGCCAACUCGUAGCUUUAGAAGCACAAGCGGGGCAAAAUCUCAUUGGUUGAGUCAAGAUUUGAACUGAGGCAGCAAAUUAGCUAACUGGGAUAAUACGGUAAGUUUAGUUUUUGGUUAAUGUUAAAGGUGUUAGCAUUUCACAUAACCAUCUUAUGACUAAAGCCCAGCGUGGCUAACCUCGGAGGUUAGCAAAGAUAACUAGCCACAAAGAGUAACUCAGCCAUGUUUACUCCAAGGGUAAUACAAAAAUUGUAAAAAUUGUGUGUUUUGCACUUAACAUUAGAUAGUAAGCACACCUACAACAUUUUUGUUUGCAAACCCUCCUAACUCAGUUUAGACGAAAGAGACAGUGUGGUAGCGUCUUAUGAAAGAAAACGUGUUACCGGUACUAGCUUAUGGGUGUUUGCAAGGCUAACUAGCAAACACAAACUGCUAACUAGAGAGCUAAAGGUCCCUUUUGCUAACACCUCUUCACAAGCCAAACUAGAUGAUUUAAUACAUUUUCAAGUUUUUAUUAAUCCUAAAGAAACAGUUAAACAUUUUGGAAAUACACUUAGUUUACUUCCAUGAUGUUUAGAAAAGACCUGAGUUUGAAUGUGGUUAGCCUAGCUUAGCAUAAUGACUGGGAGCAGGGGGAAAAAGCUAGCCUGACUGAUCAAAACUACACAUAGCAACUCAUCUAAAGUUCAGUGGUUAACAUGUUUUGUAGGUUUAAUCUGUGCGUCAACAGGAGUGUAAACGCAAUAAUUAGUCGUUUUACUGGGAGUUACACGCGCUAGUUGCUUAAAGCUUCAUCCGGUGUUUUAAAAGAGCCUCAGUUUUAAGUUUACUUGGCUAAAAAGGUGUUGUUCUUCUGUCUCUGUUUUAACUCAACCAGUGAAAUGAGCUCCUAAUAAAACUACAGUUUUACGAGAUUAAUUUGUUUGUAUUUUCUGAUGGGCUCAGUUUAAGGAAACAAACUGCAGUAACGGAGGUACGUGACGAUACAAACGAUCAUUUGUUUUCCCUUACCAGAAAUAACACGCAGCACGCGACUCUGUGAAUUAUUUAUCUCUCGGCUCUUGCGUAUAUUUAUUAUAACUCGGGACACUAAUAAUUUGUUUGUACAGAGCCUGAAAUAGCUUCUCUUAAAGGACAAAUGCACCAAAACUGACCUGUAAGUUGACUUUUAACGGGACAUGAAAACGAGAUGAACUCGGAGGUCCUUUUUGGUGGAAAUCCCCUCUGAAAUGUACCAUCGUGUAAUGAAUGACUGGAUGAUCUGAUGGAUUUUAAGGAUUUCAGCAAUGCAAACGCCUUCACUUCAGCCUAAGCCACAUCUGUGCGUGUGUGUGAGGUUAGAAAUGGAUACACAGUGAGCCAGUUUUUUGAAAUGCUUUCAAUCUGAGUCCCUUUAUGUUUUUAAUUUAUUUUGUAACCUGGACUGUACUUAAUGAUUUCUACUUUUAUUUGUUGUUUGGUGUCUAGUUCGUGUAGGGCCACAGAGUCAUCGUAUAGCAGGUUGAUGAUAACGGAUCAGUCACAGUCUCAAACGUAACUGAAAUAGGGCAGCAUUUUUUAAAUAUUAAUGUGUGUCUCCACCUGCUGGACAGAUGAUGAAACAGCAGGUUGUCUCACCUGUAAAACUGUGUGCCCCAGUUGUAUGCAGGAUGUGCUGUCAUACUGCAUUUUAUUUAGUUAAAUGACUUUAUAGAACAGCUUUUGUUGGUACAAAUCUUCACAGUUAACUGGCAUUAAAUACUUUGUGCUUGUUUUCUAAGAUCUUCCUGGUGCUGCUAUGCUACUUUUUACACUUUUACAUUUCUUACUGCUGUGAAAACCAUAACGUUUACUGGGUUUAAACUCUUUUCCAGUCUCUUGGUCAACUCUAACAACUUUUCUGCAGAAACCCAAAUCCUCAUCUCUACAUUGAAUCCAGUCUGAUUAUUUUUAAAAAGUGACUCCGGGCUUCUUUGCUGUUUUCUUCCUUUUCCACCCAGAGAACUAAAGGUUGAAUGAAUGUGAUGUUCUUACAAAACCAAAUCUUCUUCUUCUUCUGUGGUUUUUAGCACCGCUGGAGGUUUUUUUUUCAUGUUUUUGGCAGAAACAGAAGAAUGAAAUUAUGUCAGUUACCACAUUAAUCUGUGCCUUGUCCUAUGCAAUAUUAAACUGUUCUUCUCAAAAUAAUAUUUGAAUGUGUACAAUGAUGAUUCAGCCCCACUUAAGUAAUUUUAUUUUCUACAUUAAAUGAGAAUGAGCUUGU